AAAUAAAUAGGAGUAGGUCCCUCUCUUCUUAUCCCACCUCUCCUCAACGAUCCUUCACUGCUCGUGCUCUGUCGGAAAGUUAAGUUGAAAAUGAAAUUCAUCCUCCUCGCUGCCUCCAUCCUGGGGAUGGCUGUCUGUGCCCCACACAACGUGUUGCGGGACCAGAUGUUCAUGGAGUUCGACAUCCAAUAUGUUCCAAAUGUGGAUCAGGUGGUGCCGCCUGGGAACCCGCACAGAUCUCUGGAAGUUCUGCUGCCAGUUAAUGCGCAGAGACAGCCUCUUACAGGACCGAUCCGUGGCUUCAUCAAGCAGGAGAUCCCUGACGAAAACGGCAGAGGCAGCAGGGACGUGUUCUACCCCUUUGGUUUUGACGAGGGGACUCCUGCUGCAGUUGCCCCCGUCGCUCCCGUCGUUCUUGACGCUCCUGUAGCUCCAGCUGCUCCCAUUGUCCCUAUCGUUGCUGCUCGUGUUCCUGCCGCCAGACGCAGAAGUGAUGAUGAUGACGAGCAUGACGACGACUAGAAAGUCCGAGUCAGCAGGAUGUGCAGGUGGUGACCAACGCUUCAAGACUCAGUGACUCCUGUGAAAGAUGACGAACCAACACUGCUCUUUCCCAAUGAAUAACAAAACUAAUGGUUUAAUGCUUGUGAAAAGAAAAUGGUGCUGUGCCUUUUUUAGGCCAAAGUGGUGCUUUAUAAACAGAUGGUGCUGUGAUUUUCUUCCAUAAAAUAAAUGCCCCCUCCCCCCAAAAAAACCAACCCAAAAACAACAUGCAUCAAAUAUGCUGUCUCUGUGCUUUAUAAUAAAAAAAACAAACAUA